AUGGAUUCGCUUCCAGAUUUCAACCCUUCCAACGCAUCAAACAGUUUAAGCAUCAACAUCAACACCACCACCAGCAGCUCCAAUACAGUACCUGCGGCCUCACCCUCAUCAGCCACAUCCUCCACUCUCAGCCGCUACGAGAACCAAAAGCGGCGAGACUGGAACACCUUCGGGCAGUACCUACGCAACCACAGGCCACCGCUGUCCCUCGCACGGUGCAGCGGGGCCCACGUGCUUGAGUUCCUCAGGUACCUAGACCAGUUUGGGAAGACCAAAGUGCACACUCAGCUGUGUCCCUUCUUUGGGCAUCCAAACCCUCCUGCACCGUGCCCUUGCCCUCUUCGCCAAGCUUGGGGAAGCCUAGAUGCCCUCAUCGGCCGCCUCCGAGCCGCCUUUGAAGAGCACGGUGGGAAGCCUGAGGCCAACCCUUUUGGGGCUCGUGCUGUGAGGCUUUAUCUGCGUGAGGUUCGCGAUUCUCAGGCCAAAGCCAGAGGAAUUAGCUACGAGAAGAAGAAGAGGAAGCGCCCACCACAGAGUAGUAGUACUACUAGUGCUCUUCCAGUUCAAGCAAUAUUGCCUCCAACUCCUCCUUCAGCUCCUCCUGGUGCAAGCUAA